GGGAUUCGAACCGGAAUUCUGCCUACCAUUGCCUUUAACCAGCAUACAGGCCUCUUACUCAUCACUUAAUUCAUCACUUUAUUUUUGAUCGUGAAGUUUUCAUCUUAGUUUUGUCAUUCUAGUUAAUAAUCUCCCACAAUGCACUACGAUGAAGUUUCUCGCGUUGAGGAAACAUUUUCGCCAUAUAUUUGAGAGUUCGUGUUUUGUGACAAAUCACGUAAUUUCGUGACGAAAUGAUUCUCAAAAUUAAGGAAAUACAGUUCAAUGAUUUCUGAAUCUUCAAAAACUUAGUAUUCGAAAUCAACCUGACGAGAUUACUGGCAUUAAAUACAACUUGAAUACAAACAAUGGAUUCAACUGUAAUAGUUAUUGGAGCAGGUCUUAGCGGUCUAAGUGCAGCUAAACUUUUGAGGGAAUCUGACAUCAAUGUGAUUGUUUUGGAGGCACGUGAUCGAGUAGGAGGUCGCACUUUGACGAAAUAUGAUCCCAAAGUUGGUUACGUAGAUUUAGGUGGUGCUUAUGUUGGUCCAACACAGAACCGAGUUUUUCGAAUGGCAAAAGAGCUUGGUAUUGAAAAUUAUAAAGUAAAUGAAGUUGAAGAUGUAGUUCUUUACAAAAAUGGUGAAAGAAAACGAUUUAAAGACUACGAAGAAUUGAGACACAAGAAUCCUUUUGUAGAAAUGGAUAUUAAUAACGUUCUAUGGUUAAUAGAUGAAAUAGGAAAACAAAUACCAUCAGCAGCCCCAUGGAAAGCACCAAAGUCAAACGAAUGGGAUACCAUGACGUUUCAGGAAUUCCUAAAGAAAAAAUGCUGGACAAAAGAAGCAGUUCAAUAUUUCAAAAACUACAUAAAUGGACUUACAGCCACAGAUUCCUAUGAAGCCUCACUCUUGAGUUUUCUAUGGUAUAUUAAGCAGUGCGGUGGAUCUAAACGAAUAUUUGCUACUACAAACGGCGCUCAAGAACGAAAGAUCAAAGGUGGAUCCCAGAAAUUAAGCUUAAAAUUAGCUGAAAGAUUAGGAGAUUCAGUUGUGAAGAAAAAUAGUCCUGUAACAGGAAUAAAUCAAGAAUCUGAAAAUUUUGUUGCUGUGACUACUUUAGAUGGAAAACAAUAUAAAACAAAAUACGUGAUCCUAGCCAUGCCUCCAACACUGCAGAUGAAAAUUCACUUCACACCUUCUCUGCCACCCUUGCGCAACCAAUUGAUGCAACGAAUGCCCAUGGGAACGGUGAUGAAAGCCGUAUUCUACUAUGAAACUACAUUUUGGAGAGAGAAAGGUCUUUGUGGGUCAACUUUAAUUCAUGCUGGUGAGCAACACCCAAUGUAUAUGACAUACGAUGACACGAAACCAGAUGGAAGUCAUCCAGCUAUUGUAGGCUUUAUUUUGACAGAUAAAUGUAGACGGUUUUGUCAAUUAAACGCUGAAGAACGAAAACAUAUUCUCGUUCACAGUUUAGCGGAUGUGCUGGGAUGCAGAGAAGCAUUAACACCCAUCCACUAUGAAGAGAAGAACUGGAUGGAAGAGCAAUAUUCUGGUGGAUGCUACACCGCCAUAUAUCCUCCUGGUUUUUUCACGAGAUACGGAAGUAUCUUACGUACUCCUGUGGAUAGGUUGUACUUUGCAGGCACAGAAACAGCCGUAGAAUGGUCAGGCUACAUGGAAGGAGCCAUUGAAGCCGGAGAACGAUCAGCACGUGAAAUACUUCACAAGUUGCAAAAAAUUAGAGCAGAUGAAAUAUGGCAAAAAGAACCAGAAUCAGAGGAUGUAAUUGCUUAUCCUUUUGAGACGAGCAUCACUGAAAGAUUCACACCAUCUGUCAGUGGUUUCAUUUUAGGAUUGACGAUUUUAAUAUUGAUUGGAGCAAUUGUGUUUUCUUUAAUGAAUGGAUAAAAUUUGAAAACAUUUCACAGAUAAUUACUUUUUACGAAUUGUAUCCGAGAUUAUAAUAUAUCCAAUCCAUAAUAAAAUCCAUUUGAAAAAGUAAGCUCAUAAGACAAAUAAAAUAGCCUCCCCCUUCCUUGAGAAAUCAAGAAAAGAAUUGUUCAGGUUGAAACUGGAGGUGGAUCUGUUAUGCUUUAUAGAUGUUUAUAAUUGCGCUUUCUCCCAGAAGUGAUCACUAACAUGAAUCAGUACGUUUAUUUUAAAAUUCCAAAUGAUCAGGUGUUGCUUUUCAGUCAGCAUCUUCAAAAUGAGUAUGCUAUUAAAAUCCAUAUUUUUUUUUCAAAUUAAAUCAGCAAAGUCUGGAAGAAUGUAUGACUGGAGUACUCACAUAUCCUUUUACAUCUUGAUUAGCCUGCAAAAUUACCAGAUUUGAAACCCAUAGAACAUAUAUGGAACAUGUCAGAGCAGUGUAUAAAACACUAAAAUCGUCAUUAUCACAAAAUUGUAGAUUUGCAUAUGAUUGAACCUUCAGAGAGUGGCUUUAACUAGAUGCACAAUAUACUAGAAAACCUUGUAGACUCACUUUAUAAAUGAAUCCAGAUGACUAACUUUGAAAUUCAUCAAAAGUACAAGCAACCAUAUUUUGUUAAAGUUAUAAAAUGCAAUAGACUGCGAUGGCUCAGACAUCUAUCCCAAUCUUAUAAUACAAACAAAGUGAAAAUUUCACUUUUAGUAAUCCCAUGGGAAACAGAAAAUGAGAAAGAUCACCAAUUAGAUAACUUGUCUAGGUGACGAAGGACUUUCAUAUAGUAAAUACUGAACACUGAGACAGCCUUCUCCCUGGGAAUAGGAUCAAAUGGCAAAGACUAAUUAAGAUGGCCAUGGCUUGUAACAAGCUGUAGUGCCUUGAAAGAAGAUGGAGAUGACUGUCAUGUCUAGCAGUUAAGUUGUUCCGUAUAAAAUGAUGCUUUUAAUGAUUUUUUUUGGGAAGAUUUUGUUUGGUGACCACCAAUGAAACUUUUAAAAACUAGUAUGAGUUUCAUUAGGUCUUUUAAACACCAGAUGACAUCAAUGCAUGUUGUUAGUUAGCUUCAAAUAUUCUACAUUUACUUGCAAAUGUAAAACACAGUGUAAUAAUGAUUUCUGAAAAAUUGACUUAUUAUUA